UGUUCCAAUAAAUGAGGACUGCAGGGCGAGCCUUGAGCCCCGACUCCCGGCCAGAGAAGCGCCAUCACACCAGGAAGAAUGAAGAGGCCGCUCCGGGCUCGCUGAUGCCCAGGGCGGGGAGGGAGGGCGACAGGAGGGGCCCCCCCUCCAUCCUGAGGCGGAGCGGGCCGGGGUGCAGCAGCCACGGGGCCGAGCCACAGAGGACCUCGAGGCGUGUGCGGUUCCGGGAACCCCUGGAGGUGACCGUCCACUACAUCGCCCGCAGGGAGCCCACCACCACCACCACCACCAGGGCUGUCCACCUGGGAAUGGCUGAGAGGGAGCUCGCUCCGCCCGGACCCCAACACCUUCAGAACACAGCCGCCCGUGCCGGGACCCCAGGCUGCGCCGUGCACCAGCCACAGGGCCUGCGUGUCCCAUGACUGUGUGCAGACAGCGAGCCGCCGCGGGCGUUGCGAGGCCAUGGGGAGACGUGGCAACAAACUCCAGGGCCCCCCCAGACCCUGCAUGGAGGGGGAUGCCUGAACAAAGCAGGGAGGCCCAUGGGCAGAUGCCAGGAGGGACUGCCAGGAAGACGCCAUCUCCCCCAGCCACCUUCAGACAAGUGUCCACGGGACGGCCAGUGCUGUGCUGUCCCAAGGUUAUGCCCUGAGUGCCCAUCCCCACUGCCUAAGCGGGGACACACUGAGUUUCUAUUAAACCACACUGCCACCCCUUUUA